AUGUCUUCCGAGCAGAAGCCCCUUAGUUGGUGGAAGCGCCACUGCACCCCGCCGCCGGCCAUCAACCGCAGCCCCCAAUGCCCAUGCUCCGCCUGCUGGAACGGCAACGGCGAGCAUUGGAAGACGACCGCGCCAGAGGCAACAGCUCCGACCUCUGCGCCCACUCAUAACGUUUUGAGAAAGGGGAGCCAAACGUCGACCCUACGACGAGGGGCCGAAUCAGACCUCGAACCCCUCCGCCGUCAAGCGACGUCCUCGACCGCGAACCUCAGCGUCUAUUCUCGAGAAAGCAGAGCUAGCUCGGACGGAGUUUCUGUCACCAACAUUCACCGCCUGGUUCGAGAGACGGAAACCGUCUAG